AGCUCUUUCAAACACUAAAAUAAAGAGAAGGAAACAAAGAUAAGGGCAUGCAAUUGACAGCCACAGAAUAGAGCAAAAAUCACCAAAAAUAAAUAAGUAAAGGGAGGAAAAUGAGCAGCGGCGCAGGAAAAACCGUGUGUGUAACCGGAGCCUCUGGCUACAUCGCGUCAUGGCUUGUUAAGCAGCUUCUACUUUGUGGUUACACUGUCAAAGCCUCUGUUCGUGACCCAAAUGAUCCAAGGAAGACACGACACUUGCUUGGACUUGAGGGUGCUGAGGGCAGGCUCAAGUUGUUCAAAGCAGACCUAUUGGAACAAGGUUCCUUUGAUUCUGUGGUUGAAGGUUGUGUAGGUGUUUUCCACACUGCAUCUCCCUUCUAUCACGAUGUCCUUGACCCACAGGCAGAAUUACUCGAUCCCGCUGUGAAGGGAACACUGAAUGUUUUGAGCUCAUGCGCUAAGACCCCUUCCGUUAAACGAGUGGUAUUGACAUCUUCUAUAGCUGCAGUCGCAUAUAACGGAAAACCUCGAACUCCCGAUGUUGUGGUUGACGAGAAUUGGUUUAGCGAUCCUGAUUACUGUAAGGGCUUAAAGCUAUGGUACGUAGUCUCAAAAACAAUGGCCGAGGAUUCUGCCUGGAAAUUUUCAAAGGAGAAGGGCAUUGAUAUGGUUGCCAUAAACCCUGCAAUGGUGAUUGGCCCUCUUUUACAGCCAACACUUAACACCAGUGCUGCAGCAAUUUUAAACUUGAUUAAAGGAGCAGAAACUUUUCCCAAUGCAACUUUUGGUUGGGUAAAUGUUAAGGAUGUUGCAACUGCACAUAUCCAGGCAUUUGAGAUUCCAUCAGCUAGUGGUAGAUAUUGUUUAGUUGAGAGGGUUGUACAUUACUCAGAAAUUGUCAACAUCUUACACCACCUCUAUCCUUCUUUGCAACUUCCACAAAAAUGUGCAGGUGACAAGCCGUAUGUGCCAACAUAUCAGGUGUCGAAGGAAAAAGCAAAAAGCUUGGGUAUAGAAUUCAUUCCUUUGGAUGUCAGCCUCAAGGAAACAGUUGAAAGCUUGAAGGAGAAGGGAUUUGUCCAUUUGUCCUCUCUUUAUUAGCUUCUUCUACACGCUAUUAUAAUACAUAUAUUAGCGUUGUUUCUGGUUUUGAUGUCACACUUUUCUUGUUUUCUUUACUUGAAUGGAUAAUUGUGGAAAGAACUGUGCAAUCAGCUAUGUUAUCCAGGUUCAAUCCUUCCUAGGUUUA